UUAUAAAAAUGUCCAAAGAAGUGAAUUUCGAGACGUUGCGAACAGUUUUAAAUUCAUUAUUAAAAAAAGCAUUUUUGGAAAAUAAUAUUUCGCUCCUUCAAAAUCAAUAUGAUCGAAAUAAGUCUGUUGAAAUUGAUCAAAAAGCCGCAUUGGACCAAGUAUUCCGUGAUACAUUAUUAGAAAUUUUAGAAGAUAAUUAUGAUGUGGAAUUAUUGCAAAAAUAUAUAAAUUUUUGUAUAGAAACAUGUCGAUUAAAUAUGACGACGGCUACAAUGCCUGUAGUUCUCUUAGGUGAUAUAUUUGAUGCAUUAACAUUGGAUAAAUCUGAAGAAAUGUUUACAUUUGUUGAACAAGGUGUUCACAUUUGGAAAGAGGAUUUAUUUUUUAGUGCAUGUAAAAAUAAUUUAUUGCGUAUGUGUAAUGAUUUAUUACGACGAUUAUCACGUUCACAAAAUACAGUGUUUUGUGGCCGUAUAUUAUUAUUUCUGGCUAAAUUUUUCCCAUUUUCGGAACGUUCAGGAUUGAAUAUUGUCAGUGAAUUUAAUUUAGAUAACUUAACAGAAUUCGGUAGUGAUAGUUCAUCGAAUGCCGAUUUUUAUAUGGAAGUUGAUUAUAUGGAUAGCACGGAGAAAGCAGUAAAAAUUGAUUAUAACUUGUAUUGUAAAUUUUGGGCGUUACAAGAUUUUUUUCGAAAUCCCAAUCAGUGCUAUAAUAAAGUCCAAUGGAAAACAUUUGCUUCGCACGCAACAAAUGUUUUAAUGGCAUUCAGUAGCUCAAAAUUAGAUGAAAUUCAGAGUAAAAAUGUAGAUGUUGGUGGAAAUGCAAUGGAAACAAGCAACGAAGAAGAGACACAUUACUUUGCAAAAUAUUUAACAAAUCAGAAAUUAUUAGAAUUACAAUUAUCUGAUUCAAAUUUUCGUCGUUACGUUUUAGUACAAUUUCUUAUUCUAUUCCAGUACUUAAAUUCAUCAGUAAAAUUUAAAUCUGAAAUGUACGAAUUAAAACCGGAUCAAAUUGAAUGGAUAAAUCAGAAAGUUGAUAUGGUUUAUGAUUUAUUAUCUGAAACACCACCAGAUGGUAAAGGUUUUGCUAAAUGUAUAAAACAUAUAUUGGCCCGUGAAGAAUAUUGGAAUUCAUGGAAAAAUGAUGGAUGUCAAGAGUUUAAAAAACCAGCCGCAACUCUUGUGGAUAAUAUUGAUAAUGAUUCAGUUACAGAUAAUAAAAAACGUAACUUAUCGAAAAAUAAAAAAGAUAGUAAUAAGUUACUGGGUGAUUUAGUUAAAGAUGCUGCUACAUCAAAUAAAUUUAUUAUGGGAAACCAAGAACUUUCAAAACUAUGGAAUUUAUAUCCUGAUAAUUUAGAAGCUUGUAAAGCAAAAGAACGUGAUUUCUUGCCAGCUUUAGAGUCAUAUUUUGCUGAAGCAAUUGAACAAAUUGAUCCAGGAUCAAUGAUUGAAGAAAAAUACAAGAAAGUUAACGAUCCGAAUUUUGGUUGGCGUGCGUUACGGUUGUUGGCACAUCGUAGUCCACAUUUUUUUACUCAUAGUAAUAAUCCUAUUAACAAAUUGCCAGAAUAUCUAGAAAUUAUGAUAAGAAAAAUAGCUAAGGAUCGUCCUGACCGUAAUACUCAAGAAACUUUAGAGACUGAUAAUGCGAUGGAAAACGAGGUGGACGAUGAAUUAUUGAAAGGGACUGAAGGAGAUGAACAAAAUGGUGAAACAGAGGAUCAAAGUCAACGUGAAACAGAGAAACCAAAGCAUACACCAUUAACGCCAGAAAUAAUGGAAAUUGCCGCACAAGCUAUUGGACCUAAUUGGACUAAAAUUGCACAAAAAUUAGAUUAUCGUGCGGAUGAUAUUGAAUUCUUUAAAACCGAAUAUAAAACGGAUGCAUUACGAUGCCGUAAUAUAUUAGAAAUAUGGGUUGAAGAUGAUUUGGAUGCAAGUGUGGAAAAUUUCAUUUAUAUGUUAGAAGGAUUGGGUUUAUUUGAAGCGGCUGAAGCAUUACAAAAUUUAAAUGUGUGAAAAGUAUUUUUUUUUGUAAUU